AAAAAUGAGUGACAGGCGUCGGAGACAGAAAGGCGUAACACUGGAGUUCAUUUCCACCGGAAAUAGCCGGACUAUCUUUACAGAGGGGAAAGGAGUAGUUCAAAGAAACGCGAAAACCUGCUUGUAACGUUUGAAUUAAAUACAUAAGGGUAGCUAGGUAUGCGUCUUUGUGAUUAGUCUGUCCCAUUUUCAUCCGUGGAAAUUGAUGUAGCUAGCUAUUUAUAUUUGUUGAACCUGUGCAGUAUUAAGUGGUACUACUAAGCAAGCUAACUAACUUCACUCGCAGUCUCUUUUAGCCAACUUGGCUAGCUAUUUAGGUAAUUGAGCCUUUUGCCAAACGUGUUUGAAAUCAGCAGCCAUGGCAGAACGUGGUGCACAUUUGACAGCUGCAGCUGCAGAUGACAGACCGUCGAUAUUCGAGGUCUUGGCACAGGACUCCCUGAUGGGUGCAGUCAGACCCGCCUUGCGACACGCAGUGAAGGUUCUGGCUGAGUCUAACCCCUCUCGCUACGGAUUCCUCUGGCGGAGAUUUGACGAGAUUCACAGUGUUCUCGAUGUAUUGCUUCAGCACCAUUUUCUGUCACGGACUAGCGCCUCAUUCUCUGAGAACUUUUACAGCCUAAAGCGCGUGGCUGCUUCUGGUCGCGAGCGGCCAGCUCACCUGGGUCUGCGUGGGAAACACCACUGGUGCUCGCUGAUCCUGCUUGCCCUCAUUCCUUACUUGAGGGCCAAGCUGGAACAGGUACUGGCCAAGCAGAGGGAUGAGGACGAUUUUUCCAUCCGCCUGCCACAGACGCCCUUGCAGAGGAUGUACAGGGCCUUCCUGGCAGCCUACCCCUAUGUCAGCGUGGGCUGGGACAGCUGGGUAUUCUGCCAGCAGCUGUUGUAUGUGUUUGGCCGAGCCAAGACCCACUCACCAUUUCUGUGGCUGGCAGGUGUCAGGCUGGCUCACCUCACAGGACAUGACAUCACAAAUAUGGACCUCAAACCAGCCUCGCCUUCCAGGGCCAUCGGCUCAAGUGUUGGUGAGAGGCUGCGGAGGCUGACGUCGACAGUGGUGGGGGGUGUGGCUCUGUCCCUCUCCACUAGUCUUUCCUUGGGAGUGUUUUUCCUGCAGUUCCUCGAGUGGUGGUACUCCUCAGAGAACCAGAGCACCAUCAAGACCCUGACCUCCCUCCCCACACCACCCCCUCCCAUCCACCUCCAGAACCAAGAACCACUGACCAGACACAGCAAAGCAUGUCCACUCUGCUGCAAGAUCCGCACCAAUGAUACCGUCCUCUCCACCUCUGGGUUUGUCUUCUGUUACCGCUGUAUUUAUGUCUACAUCAAAGCCAACCAGAGGUGUCCGAUGACUGGGUACCCCACUGAACUUCAGCAUCUCAUCAAGAUUUACUCACCAGAGAGCUAGAGAGAAUCUUAUUUCCAUUCCAAUGAAGGACUUUGACAAUCAUGUCACAAUGACAAUUUAUACUGUAAUUGAUUUGUUAGUUGACUAUAUCCCUUAUGAACACUUGUAAAUAAUUUAAAGCACUAACAUAUCCCUAGCCGUCAUAAUAGUUUAAAUGCCCAGUGCAGAUAUUUUUCUCAAUAUCAACUCCCUUUUUUCUAUAUUUACAACUUAAGUCAGCUAUGCUGGCCUAUGGAGUCCCUUGGGAAACCCAACUACUGAAACAUCCUUUUAACACCAACUGUUCGUGUCCCCUAAAUCAGGUAGAUGCAUUUCUUCAUAUGAUGUGGGAGUUAAAUGCUUUUGGGGGAAAGUUACAAAAUUUAUUUUUAAGUGCAUGAAUUUAAAUAUUCAAUGCUUUCCAUCUAUGUUAAUGAUUCCAGCCACUUGAAUCUCUCAAUCAGAGAAGAUUACUGCGGGCAGACAGAACCAAAAAUAUAAGCUCAAUGUGUAAAGUGUUGGUCCCAUGGUUCAUGAGCUGAAACAAAUGAUCCCAGAAAUGUUUCAUAUGCACAAAAAGCUUAUUUCUCUCAAAUUUGGUGCACACAUUUGUUUACAUCCCUGUUAGUGAGUGUUUCUCCUUUGCCAAGAUAAUCCAUCUACCUGAUCGGUGUGGUAUAUCAAGUUGAUAAAACAGCAUAAAAUUUACACAGGUGUAUCUUGUGUAAGGGACAUUAAAAGGCCACUCUAAAAUGUACAGUUUUGCAACACAAAACAAUGCCGCAGAUGUCUGAAGUUUUGAGGGAACGUGCAAUUGGCAUGCUGACUGCAGAAAUGUCCACCAGAGCUGUUGCCAGAGAAUUGAAUGUUAAUUUUUCUACCAUAAACUGCCUCCAACAUAAUUUGAGACUUUGGCAGUGCAUCCAAUAGGCUUGGGCUAUACAGGGGUAUUUGGAAAUAGCCAUGGGAUGGUUUUUCAGUAUUGCCAAUAACGUUGACACUAUUUUAAGUUGUUCAAUAAAUGUUAAUAUUUGUAACUACUUUUAAGUAAAUACGUGCAGUCAACUUGUAAAAUAAUGUGACAGGUGAAAUUAACACGAUCUGCUUUAUUUCCUAAUUGUUUUUGCUUCGAUUGAUCACGGACAUGCAACUAUAGUUUUCCAACACAGAAAAUAAAUUAGUGCAACACA